AUGGCGAUGCGGUACGGAGCUCGAUUUGGCCUCCGGGGGCUCCGCAAAAGUCACACCCUCUAUGUAAAGCUAUGGGACAUCCCAGACAAUGGUGUCCAUCAGAACAUGACCCUCCCUAGGAAGGUGCUUCAGGGUCACAGCCGCAGAGUCAACCUGAUAGAAUGGCAUCCUACUGCUAGGGAUCUACUGGUCAGCUCAGCCUACGACUACAAGGUGAUGGUCUGGGAUGUGUCAGUGUGUGACUCCGUGCUGAGGAACCCAGUAUGUGUUAUAUCUCUUCACACUGAGCUGGUUCUCUCCAUGUCCUUCAACAAUGACGGCAGCUCUCUAGCUACCACCAGCCUGGACAAGAAGAUCAGAGUCAUGGACCCACGCACUGGACGCCUCAUACAGGUGUCCAGCAGUAAACACCACAGGGCCAAUAAGGUGGUGUUUAUAGGAGACCAGAACAUGCUGUUUUCUACUGGCAGCUCACCAUGGAACCAAAGACAGAUCACAUUAUGGGAUCCAGAUGAUCUGUCAGAGCCGCUGUCGGAGGAGGAGGUGGAUGGAGCUGCAGGAGUUCUCUUCCCAUUCUAUGACCCUGAUACACACAUACUCUACCUGGCUGGCAAGGGUGAUGGUAACAUCCGGUAUUAUGAGAUCAGUUCUGAGAAGCCCUACGUUCAGUUCCUCACUGAGUAUUACUCCCUACUGCCUCAGAAAGGAUUGGGGGUCAUGCCGAAGCGCGGUCUGGACGUGAGUUCCUGUGAGGUGUACCGGUUCUACCGCUUGGUGACCGUUAAGGACCUGGUCGAACCGCUCUCCAUGAUCGUCCCUCGCAGGUCCCCAAAGACCUUCCAGGAUGACAUCUUCCCCAUGACAGCAGGCAACGAGGCGGCCCUGACGGCUCAACAGUGGCUCUCAGGGAUCAAUAGAGGCCCGGUGCUGAUGUGUCUGAAACCUGGCACUAAGGUAGCCAACCCCUACCCAGAGACCCUACCCAGGAGGGGGCUGAGCAGCUUCCAAGGUGGGGGACCAGGAGAGCCAGGGUCCACGGAGCAGGCCUUCCUCCAGGAGCAGCUAGCCUACCAGGACGCCAAGUACCCCAGGGAAGUGGCUGAUCUGUCGGGCUGGCAGCCAGACGAGACCCAGGCUCCGGGUUGGGCCUACACUCCCCACUGUUGUGAGCCCUCAGAGUGCCCUCCACCCAGGACAGAGAGUGAGCUCCUACAGGCGUUCUACAGGCAACAAGAGGAGAUCAGGGGACUGAGAGACCAGCUCAACCAGAGAAAGGUCCAGAUCACACAGCUGGAACUGGAGAUAAAGAACACCAGAAAUAACAUGAGAGCCACCUUCUGA